UUUUAAAGAAGUCCCAGGUGAGGCGCUGAAGCUUUGGCAGUUUCUUUGGUGGAAUCUAACGGCACCAUGAAGCUUCGUGCAGCACUCUUCAUAGCUUUCUUCAUUACAACUUUAUGUGCACCGACAUUCUCCCAGAAAGGAGUUGAGGGCGGUGGUGACGCUGAGGACAACGAGGAGAAUGAACCCGAAGAUUUCAAAGGAGUCUUCACACGUUCCAUGAGGAAAUUGCAGCGACAAGUCCGGAGACGGCACAACCUCUACAGGAAGCGGCACAACGCCGAGCCCCUUGAAGCGGAUGACGAGCUGGACCGCUACGCUCAAGCCUGGGCUUAUUACUUGGCGAAAAUUGGCAAAGUGAUGCACAGGAGGUCAAGGACAUACGGCGAGAAUAUUUACCAGGGAUAUUAUGAUGACAAUCACCCUAUAAGAGGAAGGGACGCUGUGGACACCUGGUACAAUGAAAUCAACUUGUACGACUUCAACAAGAACCACCGACAACGGGGCACGAGAGAAUUCACACAGAUGAUUUGGAAGAAGACCUCCGCCUUGGGUACCGGCAUCGCUCGUGGGAAAAACAGGACCUACUUCUUGGUGACGGUCUACGAUCCCAGAGGUAACAUACGAGGAAAGUACACCAAGAACGUCGGCAGACCUAACGAGCAGCCCCAACAGCCGUGGCCAGUACCUGAGCCAGUGCCAACACCAGCACCAACACCAGCACCAACACCAGCGCCAGCGCCAGUGCCUAUUCCAGCACCUCAACCAGUACCAACACCACCGCAUGCGCAAAUACCCACAAUUGGUCGAGGAGGAGGAGGAGUAACAAUUAAUGGGCAGAACGCAGCCGGCAAUCCGCUUUUAAAGCUAAAGGGAUGCCCCGGUAAUAAGCCAAUAACUUUAAAACUUAGGGUAGGACCCAACUAACGAGAUAAUGGUAUUUACUUGCAAUACAUGAGUUCGGAUCGAAUAUACACUGCCAAUUUUUAUGAAAGCGAACACGCUAAGGCGUAGCCCGCGCGCUUCUGCGGCUGCUUGCAACGCAUUCAAGCUGGAGCGUGAGCAAGCAUAGCCUCUUUCUGCGUCAUCUAGUGGCCAGAAAACAACCAGUCACUGGUGAUAUUGCUGGCCACUGGUUUCAAAUAACCAAUGACUGGUUGUUCUGCCCACCACUAGAUGACGUGGGAAGAGGAUGUGCGUGCGUUCGCUCCGCUUGAACGCGUUGCAAGCAGCCGCAGAAAAGCGCGGGCCACGCACCAGCGUGUUCCCUCUCAUAGAAAUUCCCACUGUAUAUGACUGCUUGCCGAAAUGCGCAUAAAUCUUGACAAUGGCAAGAGAACUAUGCUUAUUUUUCCUGUUAGGUGCACACUUUGAGCCAGAUAUUCGAUGCAGCGCAAGAUUAAAUUUUGAAUGCCCUGCCUGAUGUCAAAUAAAGCUGAAGUUUAUUGGUCAACGUAGAGUUUACGAGCCGUUUUGCAAAUACUUUGGUGUGGCUGGUCAAAGCUAUGCGACUGGCGAAAAGUUAUUUUCCGAGCAUAUUCCACCCUUUCUCCUCUCGGCAAAUCGUUUUUCUGUGUGCUUUUAAUAAAACGAUGUACUGGA